AUGAUAUUGAUGAAGAUGAUUUUAUUGACAUUCUGUUUCUAUUUGACACUGCAAUUGAAUCACAUUAGUGGACAAUUAAAUGAACACACCAAUGUACAACAGAAUCAAACUAUCUCACAUAUUGUUUUUGAUGCAAAUGAAACUAAUCCGAUUGCCAAGAACAAUCAAUCGGAAAUGGAUGUUACGAGUCUAGUGGAAAAUCAAUUGAAUUCAUCAUUACCAAACGAAAUUCCGAUGUCUUAUUUAUCAGUGACCACAUCGAAUGAUCACAUGUACGAUGAAAAUGUAAACGAAUCAAAUGUGAAAUAUGGAGGCGAAGAACAAGGAACAAAAUCAGAUAUUGACAAUGAAAAGAAAAGGAAAUCACAACAAACACAAAUUAUCAUAGAUUUCAGUGGAACAAAUGAGAAAAGAUUAGCGUUACAAAGACAAAUAUCGGAAGGAGAUGACAGAAAAUCUUCGAUUUUACAAAAUCAAGAGCAGCGAGCAAUAUCGAAAACAGAAAGAAAUAUCAGUGAAUUUCAAGUAGAGCAAGGACAAAACAUAGAUGAAAAACUGCUUAAAGACAGAAAACCAAAAAGUAAAAAGGAAAAUAUAAACAAAGAAUUAAUGGCGCAUAAAAUCACAACGGAAAACAAUAUUAAAACAACACUAACAAAUAUAAUAUACACACAAAUCUCAUCCGCAUCACCAACAUCACAACCAGUUACCGAUGUCGCGCAACUCACAACAGAACAAUUACUCGACAAAUCAGAAGUCAUGCCCAACAUCACCACCAUCAUCAACACUGAGACUACACUCACCACUGCACAAUCCACAUAA